ACGCUCAUCAGACAAACAGACCCCAGACUGAAGCUGCUGAUUUUAAAGCUAAACCUCUUCCACCGCCACCAUCAGGAUGUUGUGUCCCCGAGUCUUCCAGCCCUCCCCGAUGGCCAUGACGCCCUUCCUGGACCUGCACUGGCCGGUCCGCAGCCUGUGGCCCGAGACCCGGCCACUGUUCUUCCAGCUGGAGCAGGAGAUGAUCCGUCAAAUGCAGGAGAUGAGGCAGAGCAUGGAGUACAUGGAGCGUCUGCACCAGAAGAUCUUUGAGGAGAUUGACUCCUCCUCCUCCUCCUCUGCAGGGUUUUUUAAGCCCAUCGCCUUCCAGGAGCUGGGGAGGGAUGGGGGCAACUUUGCCCUCAGUCUGGACACGCAGGAGUUCUCCCCAGAGGAGCUGUCAGUCAAACAGGUGGGCAGGAAGCUGAGGGUGAGCGGACGCACAGAGAAGAAGAAGGAGGACAAGAAGGGCUCAUACUCGUACAGGUGUCAGGAGUUCAGGCAGGAGUUCGACCUGCCCGACGGCGUCGACCCGGAGGCUGUCACCUGCUCGCUGGUGGGGGGACGUCUGCAGAUUCUGGGACUGCAGGAAAAACCAGUGCAUGAUGGGAAGGAGAGGGUCAUCCCAAUCAACAUCACGUCGACCCCCGCAAUCACUUCGUCCAGCAGCGUGGCUGAGGAGAGCAGCACCUCCUCCUCCUCCGCAGAGAGCUGUCUGGCUAAAAACUGAAACCAUACAGAGUGAACCAUCGUUUCUUUUCCCCCAUCUUUGUAGUUUCAGUGUGUGUUUCUAAAUGUGAAGGACGGAGGGGACAUGAAGCUUGUAUUAUUAACUGGCACUUUAAUUUUAACUCUUUAAUAAGGUCACCUGUGAUAUUUGACGAGUCAUAAUGAAGUUAGAUUUGUUUCAGACUUCCUGUUUGUCAUGUUUAAAGAGACAGGACGAUUAAAAAUGAUCAAUCUCCUUGACAGAAGUGUAAAUAUUCCACACUGUGUUGAAAUGAUAAUUAUCAAACAGAGUGAACCAUCUCAUGUAUAUUCUUAUCUUUGUAGCUCCAGUGUCGUGUAUCUGAUCAGCCGGGGAACAGGACGCUGAUAUUCUUAACUCGCACUUUGAUUUAAAAAAUGAAUCUUUUUAAUAAACUCGUGUGAAGUUUCA